CAUAGACUAUUGCAGCCAUGAUCGCCAAGAGCCUUGUCUUCGCUGUGCUAGCGGCUCAUGCUGCUGCUGGGCCAUGUAAGCCUGGUGGACUUUCGUCCAAUACGCUCUCCGCUAGUGAAUCUGCGAGCGAGCCUACAACUUCUGAAACAAGCGUCUUGGAUUCAGUGACUACAACCACUUCUGAACAAGCCACGACGACGACAGAGGCAGCUACCACUACUACGAGCGCAGCCGUACCCGCUGGCGAGGCCAUUAUCUUUCAGGUCAAUCCUCGACGCCGUCUUUCGAAGCGAGAUACAACAUUCGUGGGCAGCAACAAUCCAACCGAAUGCACCUUUGCCUCAGUCUUUCGCCUCGACGAGGGAAAGCUCUUGGAUAGCGGAGUGCCUAUUUACUAUGCCGGCAGUGGCUUUCAGGAACUUGCUGCUCAGGGCGAACCACCAGCUGAUUCUGUCACGACAACAUUCUCAAUUGCCGGAGGUCGUCUUUCAUGGACGGAUUCAUCGUUUGGCGAGGCUGGUUUCUGUCAGACAGAGUCUGAUGGACAGGUGUACAUCACCUUUGGGUCAGAGCCUGUUGGCUGUGAACCUGUGACUCUCACAGCCUACAAAGAGGAACAAUGCCAGAAUGGACAGAUCGUCGGUAUCGAAACGUCCAGUGCCGAGACAACUACCGCAACAGAGACUACCGCCUCCUCUGAUGCUGUUCAACCCACCACUUCUUCCAAUGCCUGUGUUGUCGGUAUUGAUGGCUUGAACGGCGAGCCUCCACGAGAGAGCCGUCUGGCUGACUGUUCGAGGCUGAACACAGUCACAGUCAGCCCAUAUCCCGAAACUUCAACCGUGUUCAAGCGCGAAGUUGCAUUCCGCAUUCCAACAGCCUUCCCAACCUGGCGACCUGCAAUGAACACUCUUGCUGCCCGUGCAGAGGGAGAACCAACAGCCACUACCAUCCAGCCAACUGAGGUUCCUAUUUAUGCUACAUACUGCGACUCUCCCGAGGAGUACUACGCAGCUUGCUCUGAGGCUGGAAUCACUGCCUUCACAACUACCCUUCCUACGACGACUACUUCAACUUCGACCACUGUUAGCGAUUGUCCCGCGAAGCGACUCGUGAGGAGGGCUGGUGAGCAUAUGGGAUAUGAUACUACCUGGGUGACUAUGAAGAAGCGGAAUAGCGUCAUCCGUCAGCAAUUCGUCAUUGCUGAGUACAGCUUGUGGUCGCUUGACUGGACCCCUAGCUUUCAUGAGACUCAUAAGGCUGAGCCCAUUAUGGCGGUGGCGAAGCAACUAGCUCAGGCGCAUUUUCAAGGAUGCCAGGGGAUGAUGACAAUGAAGCCCCGAUGUCACUCACUGGCAGAGAUCAUUAGCGCCCCCACCAAGCUUUCAGCUCAACGAUUCAUAAUUGCCAACCGCGCGAGACCUCGAUUCGCAAUUCUUAUCCCACCAAACACUGUCUGUUCAUUAGCACGUCGAGAUUUCAUCACCAUGAAUCGAGAACAAUUGUCCACCCUGGACGAAAGGGCCUUUGCAGAAAAGGUGCCGACAAUGCUCUGGUCGGAUCGAGAGACGCUUUUCGAGGAUGGAAGUGAAGACAUCGACAUUAUCAGAUCCCGCGCAGCAGAGUCUGCGACCGUCGAAGCCAUUUCAUCCGUCCUCACCUCUCCGAUCAAAGAUGAAGAUUACGAUACACUGAGGGUGCAUCAGAAAGCAUUAUAUUCUGUCCUUAUCAAGCUCCCCUUCGAAAAGCUCCAGCCUUAUCGACCAGCCUUGGCUGCACUCGCUGCAUUCGACAUCUCAGGUUUUGCCCAUCGCUCAUCGCAUUAUGCCCAGAGUUCUCAUGUCAUUCACAACGCCGGCCAUCUUGAGCGCUUCGCCGCAGAUGCCAAAGCGGUCUGGGUCACCAAGGACAAAUUCGACAUGGUCAGCGAUCGCACGCUUACAGAGCGUGUCCAUACGGCUGAAGAGAUGAGGCCAUAUAUGCCUGAGCUGUUUGGCUGGCUUGUUGACGCGAAUAAUCCGCCAUUCAUGCCUUGUCGAAACCAACUUGCUCGAUUUCCUGAGACUGCUGCUAUCGUUGCAGCCGAAGUUCUGGCCAAGGCAAACAAAGAGAAGGAUGGGGAAUAUCAACACUUCUUGAUCGACUUUGUCUCUGAUUGUGUGCCUGUUGGGGAAGCCUGGAAACCAAUGCGAGAACACGUUCAAGCGCUGGUGAAGAAUUUGAAGGGAAGCAGGAGUGAAGAUGAUGAGGAGCUGGUUGGCGAGGCCGACGAAUGGCUGACGAAAUUGGAACAAUGGGAGGCUUUGAAGAAGGUAAAGAACUAG